GUAACAGGAGUGAUUUACAGAACAUUGUAAACGCUUUUAAUAAUUUUGUCCAGAGUAGCUAGAAAUGCAGACUGCUUACUUAGGCGACAGAAUGCUGAUAGCAGACAUGUUUAGCUUGAGAAGUUGAUGCGUAAUAUUGUUUAGCUUGAAGCAUAGCCAGAAAUGGCUACUUAAUAGUUAAUACCAGUUAGUUUGAUGUCCAAGGACAGAUCGAGGGGGGCAAUAGAACAGGAGCAAUGCUUUUGAUCAUGGAAGAUUUGAGAAAGAAGAGGCAGUUCGAUUGGGAUUAUUGUAGUAAUGUUUGCUUGGAUUUGAACACAAUCGAAUGAAGGCAUUGGCAUUGUGUGGUUGGAUUUGAACACAAUCAAAUCAAGGCAUAGGCAUUGUGUGUUCAAGGAUUGCAAUAAUUUUCAACUAUUAUUAGUAGUUAGGUGUGAUUUAUAAAAGGGAACUUAUUGCAGUUUGUGUAUACUUUGAGACUACGCCAACCCAAUACAAUUCCAAAGUGCCGCCCCGGAAUUGAUUUAUUAUUAAUUCACGCAAGCAAAUUAACUCGGGAAAAAUCACAAAACUCGUUAAUAUAAGACUCGGUGGUGACAAACUAAUUAGUAUUUGGUUCCAGCAUAGCACACUAUUAUUAUUAUUAUCCCCCUAUCCAUUGCCAAAAGAAGAGCAAACUUUCAUAAUCAUCAUCACGGAAGGGUAUAUUUGGAGAAAAAAAUAGCAAAGCCAAGCAGAAGAAGAAGAAGAAAGAGAGGGAUGUCAGGUGUAAUUUCGGGAAAUGAUGAAGGGCAGAUGGAGAAAGUGCCACCGUUCCCCGUUUGUAUAUAAAUUAAAAAUGAUAUGAUAUGAGAAGAAAACCAGAUAUUAUAUUAUCAAUUGCAAAAACUAUAAGGAAACAAGAAUCCCCAUUUCUCUCAUUGGAUUUCUAUUUCCCUAUUUGGGGCUUCUCUCUGUCUCUCUCUCUAUCUCUGGGUAAUGCUAUCUGAAUUAGAAAAAAGAAAAAGAAAGAUGGGUCAAGCUCAGAGCGAAGUGGCGGCAGUAGAUCAAACUCAGAACCACCAAUCGUCGCCCGCUACUUCUGUGGAAUCUCUUAUUGCAGAAGCUGCAGCUUAUGGCAAUGAUGAGAAUGAGUCUCUUGAUGCGAAGGCUCAGAAAGCAUUAGAAUGCCCAUGCAUUGCUGACUUACGCAAAGGCUCAUGUGGGAUCCAGUUUUCAGAAGCUUUCGUUUGUUUCCUCAAAAGUACGGGCUGAAGAGAAGGGUUCAGACUGCGUGCAUCCGUUUGUGGCCCUGCAGGAUUGUCUAAAAGCUAACCCGGAGGCAUUUUCAAACGAUAUUUUAGAACAGGAAGUGGAAAAAGAGGAAGUAGAAGCUAAAGACUACAAAAUGUUCCCUCCAGCAUGGUCUCAGGCGCAUUAAGGUGUGAUUUUGGCUAGCUGAUAAUGUUGACAUAUAAAGAAAUGAAGAUUGUCGGAGAAUCAUUUUGACAUGGUUUAGUUAUUAGAAAACUAGGAAGGGUUGUUUGGGCAAGCAAACAGAAUUUGAGAGACUUGAGUUUUGAGUAUGAAAGCAGGUUCAAUCAAAGAGAUGUAGUUUAAACAUCUUAUUUGCAUUUUAUAAAUCAGAUAUUAGCUCUCCGUGGUGGGGGAGCUGUAACA